GUUUGUUCGUUCUCUCUUGCUUAACUGGACACAGCCUAAAAUUCACGCGUAUACAAAAACUCGAACGUCAUGCAAAAAUAACGAGGAAAAUUCAGUGAUUCGGGAUAAAGAUAAAGAAAAAUGUAUAACGAAAUGUGUUGCAACCAAACUCCGCCUUUAGUUGAAAUCGACUUCUUCCACGUGUAUGAUGUACAUGUUAUGUUAUAUGUGUUGCGCGGGAAACGAACACUCCCACUACACGCAAUACGCGCGUCGUGAUUUACAUGCGGUCUUGGAACAUCGAAGGCUCUUCAUAAAAGAUUAGUAUUACGGAUACUUCGAAACAGAUUGUGUCGAGUCUAGUUCCACUCGAGCCUAGUUUGCAGACAGUUUCUAACACAUAUCAAACAUAUUUGUCAUCAUACGUGAUUUAAAAGAGAGGAGAUGAAUCAAUCGACGCGAUAUGCAGCCGCUAGUGAAACUGGACUUGACGGACCCGAUCAAAUAUUACCUGCGAAUUCGGAUACUGUGUGUAACAGCAACGGUAGAAUCCGAAUAAAAUUAGACAGCAGUGGAUUAAAUUCGUACAUGCCCGUGUCGAUUCCUGGUGUUUUAAGCAGAACGGCAAAGCGUUAUCCCGAUCAUAUCGCAAUGGUAUCGAGACCCGGCCUGGACGGCAAAAGGACCACGUACACUUUUCAAGAAUACGAACAGGCUGUAAGAACUGUCGCUAAAGCAUUCCUAAAACUUGGUUUAGAACGAUAUCACAGCGUUUGUAUAUUGGGAUUCAACUGUCCAGAAUGGAUGAUUGCCGACCUCGCAACCAUAUACGCCGGUGGAUUCGCUACGGGAAUUUAUACCACAAAUUCUCCGGAAGCGUGUCAAUAUUGCGCCGGACACAGCCGUGCGAACAUUAUAAUAGUUGAAGAUCAAGUACAAUUAGCGAAGAUCUUGAAAAUAAAGGACAAUUUGCCCGACUUGAAAGCGAUUGUACAAUACGAGGGCGUACCUACCGAGAAGGAUGUCUUAAGUUGGAAUGAUCUACUGGAGAUAGGUAAGAAAGAAUCGGAUGAUAAGCUGCAGUCUGUAUUGAAGACGAUCGGAGUAAACGAGUGCUGUACCCUGGUAUACACGUCGGGGACGGUUGGAAAUCCAAAAGCCGUAAUGUUGAGCCACGACAAUCUUUUGCACAAUGCACGGGUGAUAACUGCGGCAGUACAGCUGCAAGAAAAGAGUGAAAGUACAGUCAGCUACUUGCCUUUAUCUCAUGUUGCAGCACAGUUGAUUGAUAUUAUAUUGCAAAUAUUUAUCGCAUCUACUGUACACUUCGCGGAUAAGAAAGCAUUGAAAGGUUCGUUAGUGGAGACGUUGCUUGUUGCAAGACCAACCGUGUUCAUGGGUGUGCCGAGAGUAUGGGAGAAGAUCUACGAAAAGAUGCAAGAAAAGGCGCGCGAUAAUGGCAAAAUCAAAACGUGGAUCGCCAAAUGGGCAAAGACGCAGGCUCUUUAUUACCACAAUAAUAAAAUAAACGGCACGGAUUACAAACACUGGGGUUAUUGCUUCGCAAAAUGGCUCGUUUUCAACAAAGUGAAAGAAGCACUGGGUCUGGAUAAGUGUCGAUUAUUAGUUACGGCAGCGGCGCCCUUAAACAUAGAAAUAAAAAAAUAUUUUCUUAGUCUGGACUUACCUUUGGUCGAAGCGUACGGGAUGUCAGAAUGCGGCGGCGCUCACACAAUAACGUAUAAAGAAUUCAGUAUGUAUGAUGUCGGAAUAGCUUUGCCCGGAUUUUACACAAAAUUAGACAAUGUCGACGAACACGGUGAGGGCGAAAUAUGCAUGAGCGGACGACAUGUGUUUAUGGGCUACUUGAACGAUCCUGAAAAAUCUGCCGAGACUAAAGAUGAAGACGGUUGGUUGCAUAGUGGCGAUCUUGGCAAAAUAAACUCAAAAGGAGUUUUAUCUGUUACUGGUAGACUAAAAGAGCUUAUAAUUACAAGCGGCGGAGAAAAUGUGGCACCAUACAACAUCGAGCAGGCGGUACUGGCGGAGUUGCCUGCGUUAAGCAACGCGAUGUUGGUCGGUGAUAAAAGAAAAUAUCUUACGAUCCUCGUGACGCUCAAAAGUAAUAUGAAUACCGAGACCGGCGAGCCUUUGGACACGCUGACCGAAGAUGUGUUGAAGUGGGCAAAAUCCGUUGGUAGCAAAGCCAAAACAGUUACGGAAGUUAUAAACUCGCGCGAUCCGAUUAUAUACAAUGAAAUCGAUAAGGCGAUCAAGAGAGCCAACACGCACGCCAUAAGCAAUGCUCAAAAAGUGCAAAAGUUUGAAAUUCUUCCUCAUGACUUUUCCAUUCCGACCGGCGAGUUGGGACCCACACUGAAACUCAAGAAGAACGUGGUCUCGAAGAUGUACGCGGAUUUGAUAGAAAAAUUGUAUACUGAGUGAUAUUCCCUACAUUCCCCACUGCAAAUGAUGUGACAAUAUAAAUUCUCAAUGAGAAGCUAGGAUAGAUAAGGAAAUUAUUAGAGGUGUACAAAAGUUCGGCGUCACAUAUCGCCAUACGGCCUUCGGCUUUGUUAAUGACUUUGCUUUUCUAUCUCUCGCAUUUUUAUAUUGUACUUUAUUGUCAUAAUCGAAUGCGAAUUGUCAUAAUCUUUAGCGAAUAAUGUUUUUUCUAGUGUCUUUAAAAAUAGAGAUCGAUAAAGCGCACAUGCAUUUUUUAUUUUUAACUGCAUGUUAGUUCAAUCUAUGCAACACAGUUGCAAAGCACAAAUUACUUGUGACUUAUCUAUUCCGCAUAUGAAAAAAAUGGUGCUAGAACGUGUCGGAAGUGGUUAUUGAAACUUAAAAAAGUGAUAACUUCGACGUCAGCGACAAACCACGCUCUAAACAAUUCUUCCGAAAUUCAUCAAUUACUUGAUAGAUAGCAAAAGGUGAUAGAAAGCAAGAGAAAAUAUUUUAAGGAAGAUUGAACAUUUUGUAUUUUUAAUAAUAAUAAUGAUAGUUUUUUAAUUAAAAAAACGCCGAAAACUUUGCACACUUCUAGUACAUACAUAUAUAGCUCCUAUUUUGUCUAAGUUUUAUACUAUCAAGUAUCCAACUAAGUAGCUAUAACACAUCUACACACAACAAAACCCUCAUCAAAUGUUGAUUAAACGCUCACAGCUCUAUGCGAUAUGUAAUGAACAUCUAUGAGUUUUUGUGGAUUUUGUUGUGUGUGUGUGUGUGUGUAUGUAUAGACAUAUAUUCUGCAAUAAAAAAUUAUAAAAAGAUUA